AUGGCCAAAUACCAGUUCGAAACUACAGGCGCCGAGGUCGCUACCGAUUGUGCCGCGUCGAUCAAGGACAAGGUUGUUCUCAUCACAGGCGUGUCACCCGGCGGCCUCGGCGCUGUGUUGGCACUGACCAUCGCGGAACACGCACCUCGACUGCUAAUUCUUGCCGGUAGAAAUGUCGGAAAGAUAGAAAAAACAGCAGAAGACAUCUAUGCUGUGGCGCCUACCGUGUCGACUCGCAUCUUGAAGCUCGAUCUUAGCUCCCAGCGGCAAGUCAGAGAAGCAGCCCGAGACGUGAAUGGGUAUCAGGAGCACAUCGAUGUGCUGGUGAACAAUUCGGGGAUCAUGGCACCUCCUUUCGAACUGACCGAGGAUGGCAUUGAGAGCCAGUUCGCUACUAAUCACAUCGGGCAUUUCUUGUUCACGAAUCUGAUAGUGAAUAAAAUAGCCAGUUCCACCGAUAGGAAGCAAGUCUCGCGCAUAGUGAACGUUUCCAGCAAUGGAUAUCGGUUGUCGCCUAUAAGGUUCAAUGAUUGGAAUUUUGACAACGGGAAAGUUUACAAUCCGUGGAUCGCCUAUGGGCAAACCAAGACUGCCAAUAUGCUAUUCUCCAAAUCUCUGGCAUCUAAACUUGGCAAAAGAGGAAUCAUAUCCUUGAGUCUUCACCCGGGCACAAUUUCAACAAAUCUUGCAAGCUCCUUGUCGCAAACGGAUUUCGGUGAUCUUCAGGAAAUCGAUCGUCAGCAAGGACAUCGGGAAUUCUGGGGCGGAUUCAACUACAAGACACUUGAGCAAGGGGUUGCUACCCACGUUUUUGCCUCGUUCCACGACUCUAUUUCUCUAAAAGAUGAUAAUGGGGCUUAUCUUGACAAUAGUCGAGUGCUCCUCCCCGAGGAGGUUGGUAGUUGGGGGAGAGAUGAGGUGGAAGCAGAGAAGCUUUGGAAGCUGAGCGAGGAGAUUUUGGGCGAGAAGUUUGAAUACUAA